UGAAUAUAUUACACGCUAAAAUACCCCAUUCUGACUCGCGGUUUAAUAAUCAAUUUAGUCACUGGUUUUGACGCUAGGUACCAAUCAAAAUGUACGGCUAUCUGCAAGUUAUUAUUUUUCCAUUCCAGCUGUUGAUUUUGGCAUUGGUCAUUGGAAUAGUGAUCUCUCCCAACAUCAAAGAAUUUAUUGAUCAAGGCUCAAGGAUUAGUCCUGAAACAAACCUUGGACUUUCCAAGAAAUCCGGAGCCGAAAUUCAGAAUUACCCUGAAGAAGCCGACUUUGAUCACAUCCAAAAGUCUUUGAUUGCUCAAGUCAGGAGAUUUCCAGCAAAUGAAGAUCUUCAGGCGAACUCUCCUUUGAAGAAGAAAAUUAAACCAGUCCGCCUGUUAAGCACCAAGGUAGACAAGGAUCAAGCGAUGUGCGCAUUAGAAGAUAUCUUUGGAACUCAAAAGGGGAAAGAGGGGGAGAUAAACAUGCCGCAUGAUCGCAAAGCCAAUCUACUCAGGCACCUGGAACCAAAUAAUAUGCGGGAAUUUGUAGUCAAAGCGGUUUCAAAAGAUUUAUGGAAGAAAUGGACUGAGAAGAAGCUCAAUACAAAGCUACUUUACUUGAUGUUAUAUUUGAUGAACAUUCGGGAGCCCAUGGAAAAUUUUGUUGAGGUUGCACCAUUCGUGCCACUGGUAAUUUGGUCAGAGUUACGAAAGUUGUGGAGGGCGUCAAAAUUGCAAUGGGAAUCUGCGGAAACGCAGAUAAGGACUCUUUUCCCUGACCAAUUUGAGGCCAAAAGGCGUCUGUUAAGCUUUCGUCGCCUUCUUCAUAGAGUGACUAUAAGCCUACGAUGGAGUCAAUUCAGAUGUCAACAGAUGAUAUUAGGUCGAAUCCCACCCAGCGAGCUUGAUGAUCUAGAAGAUGCUUAUGGUUUAUCAGUUGAAUGCAAUUUCAAUGCGGACAAUGUGGAUAAGAUUCCGAGAAGACACUGGCGUUGGGAUACUGCGGUUGGCUCUGGCGGUAGUUGGACCGUUGGUAGCAUUCUUGAAAGUCUGUGUGGUAGGAAUGAGGCAAGAAGACGCCAAGAAUUAAAUGAUUACAAGAUGAAUCGAAAGGGGCCUGACCUGCACUGGCUAAAGCGCGUAUUAAUUGAACGCCGCGCUGAUCGAUAUGGGGUGGAUGUUUUGACAGCUUGCAAGAUAGCAGAUUCACUCCAAUUAUACUGCGAUUUCCUCAUUGGCGACGCUUUCGGACGCAUGACAUUCGACGAAUCAUUUGCUCAAAUUCUCGAAGUGCUCGCCGAGCAAGGUAAGGAUUUCCCUGGGCCUGAGUCCCCUGAGCAAACUUGGCUUCAGUGGGUCUACAAAUCAGAAUACAAGCAACGUUUGAUCAAGCUGGCCAGAUCCAUUGAAGUGUCCGAAAGCGAAAACCCACUUUCAACGGCGGCAGUGCGAAAGCUGUUGCGGAGCAAUAGAAGCUUGAAAGGUAGUUAUGGGAGCGGUUUGCAGAUCCUGUUCUGGUGUCAACUAGGGCUUGAUCUUGAUGAAUGGGUCAGAAUCGCACAGAUCAAGCAGUCAGGUGACCCGGAGCAGAUAAAGGACCUGGUGAUUAGCUUGAGCAAGAUCUCGGGGGUCGAGAAAAAACGCCUACAAUGGUGGCAUCAAGCUAUGAAUGCAUAUGGUACUGCUGAGGAAGCUGGUCUUGGAAUUGCGCCGCACGCUCGGCUGAACCUUUCGCAAUCUUUCUACCCGCGUAUAAGAGUCCCUUGGAUAAUCCUCAAACAACGUGCCUGGCGCUUCUUGAGGAACACAUUCCAUCAAUUGAAGCCCUGGGAUUGUGCCUAUCGGCAGUCAGGUGUGGUGACCCGAGCAGAGUCACGGUCAACUCGUAUCGGUAAGAUCGUUACCACGGUCUACUCCCGUGGUCAAUAGUGGCCGGGUCUCGAGUGCAACACAUUGUUGGAUCAGGUAUGCCUGUAGUUGUGAAUUUUGAACAAACAGAUUUCUUGCUUCAAAUUUAAAACCGGAGAUUUUGUUUUUGUCGGUGUGUCAUGAAGACUUACGGUGUGAUCGUUGUCGAUGAAAACUCUCCGGAUACAUUGUAGCCACAAAGCUAAAUCUCAGUGUUAAUAAUUAUGUAUGCGUGUUUUGCGCUUGUCACGUGUGUUCCGGGUAGACUAGAAUCAGUAGUAUCAACAUGUGUUCAUUUGUUUAGGGUUUUUCAAGCUUCAGUUCGCUUUGUCUCUCUUUUUUUUGGCUCCUGCUUUUGGGUUUCAAAAAGUAAUAGGACGGUACAUGUCCGACUUUUUAGUUAGCUUACUGGGCCGCUGUUUUGGUAAAAUCUUACUGCAAAAUUAAUAGCUUGGUCAAAAGAAAUCUUACGGUUUACCUGUUGGUUGCUGGUUGAUAUCAUCUUCUCUCAAAAUAUGGAGAUAUCCCAGCCAACUUAAUGAUCAUGCUGUUUCCAUCUGCUGGUUCAGUGCCAAUGUGACCAAUUUUUUUUUCAUAAACUUUACUGUUCUUUUUUAAUAUCAGCAAUCUGGUGUCUGAUCAGGGAGCUAGCGAAAAGUGCAGACAUG